AUAGAUAGAUUUUUGGACUAAUGACAAAUUCUUGUCAAUUUCAGUCGCCCAUUUUUAUUCAACCUUUUUAUUUUAUAAGUCUAUUUUGGACAGGAUAAAUUAUUUUGUAGUCCCAAAUAAGACGUCCAUUAGUGUAGUUUUUAUAAAAUGGCUCGCUGCCAUAUAGUGUUCCUCGCGUUAGUUUUAAGUGUCGUACAGAGUUUAGGCUCGCAAGUCCCCGUGUUCCUAUGGGGCGAUUUGCCCAAAACUUCUAUGAAAGCUAACCCUCUGACAACCGUAGACCCUGAAGAAUUCGGCCACAUCGUCCACCAAGAGCUGAAAGACGAGCCUUUCACUGUGGUUUUCAUCGAAGAGACCCUUUCAGUCGAAGAUUUUUCACGUAAGGAUGGCGAAGGUAACACGCUGUUCCCGUUCCUCCGGUCCCAACUGAGCGACUCCUACUAUAUCCCAUCAGUCGAAAAUGCACUCCGCGUGCUGAACAAACUUGGUGAUGACAAAGUAGACCACGUCAAGCUCACGGACAGUGGUUUGUCUGCAGACCUGGAAGCUACUAACGGAAAAUUCUUAUUUAUCAACUUGAAGGAUGCCCGCGAAGGGGAAUCGAGGGCGGACAUGCUCAAACGUCAUAAUAACUUCAUAAAAGAGGUGUAUUCAAGGUUGCAAGGGAAAUAUUCAUCAGUAAUUGGGAUUUAUACAGCACAUUAUCCAUCUUGGACUGUCACUCACUCUCGGGCCAGGCGUCAAACUACAGACACUGCACUAGAUGGUGAAUACACCCUGGACGGGCUCCGAUUGUAUGCUGCAUCGAUUACCUACAACAUUGGAACUACUUCGGGAACAUUGACAACUCUGUCGUCUAGCUCGUCCACGUUCAAUGGCACCACGGGAACACAGAGCAGCACACUUAAUUUCAACGAUGGUGUCACUCUUGUCCUCAACUUCGUGUCUAGCUUGGGUUACUGGUACUUUGAGUCCGUUAGCUUCACGAAGGACACAACCUCCCUGAUACUGCUGCCCGCUCCAGGCCCCAUUUAUGCGCCAAACAACUACUCAUACCAGUGUGGAGAGGGAGUCACAUUCACUGGUAACAAUGAUACCGCGCACAGUGUUAGCUUUGUCAACUUGCGUAUUGAACCGUUCUUCGGUAACACCAAUGACACGAACACAUUUAGCGAAGGAUUUGAUUGCAUCGGCUACUUCGACACCACGAUCCUUGCUUGUCUGAUGAUAGUCUUCCUACUGCUCUCCAUUCUGUUCUACGGUAUCAUGAUGAUGAUGGAUAUAAGGACAAUGGACCGCUUCGAUGAUCCCAAGGGAAAAACCAUUACUAUAAAUCCUACUGAUUAAUAGAUCACUUUGUUUUGGGGCAUUCAGCCAAUUUUCAGUUCAAUAUACCAAACACUCGUACGCACGAGCGUUGAAAAAUCGUCCGUAUUUUAAAACGCCGAUGUUAUAUCGGAUAUUGUAACGACCGCCAAACGCUCGGCGCGUAAUGUGAGAGCGUGAUAAAAAUAAUUGUUUAAAUGCAUGUCAAUAACCUAAUUUAACACAGAGCGACACAAAAUUUGGCGUUAUAAAACAACUGUCACACAACUGACGUGUAAACAAAUACAAGAUUACUUGGCCGCGCUUUUUUAACGCUCGUGCAAGCGAGGCCUUUAAUUUCUGUUCAGUUAAAAACAAUAGUUAUUUUUGAAAGUGAAAUGCUUUUAGACGUAAGUAUAAUUAUGAUGGAAAGUAUUAAUUAUUAACAUUUGCAAUGGUUAAUCAUUUUAAAUGGAAAUGAUGGAUGAGUGAUCCUGAAGUGAUUUUUUUUUAGUAUUUCGAUAGCCGUCAUUAAUCUCCUUCAAAUUUCAACAAAGACAAGAAUCUUUACUACCAUAAUUUAUAAUAAUCUGUUUGGGGCAGUGUAAAAAUGUUAUCAUUAUUUGAUUUUUAAGAUUUUAGAAUGGACUUAUUUUUAAAAGGACGCGAAUGACGGCGGUCGAAACGCUGGGAAAUUCACCGCCCUACAGUUAGACGGUGAAUUUCACGGUUGACGUUUUGAACGUUUUGAUGGUUUGAACGCGGCGUGUAGCGUUUCAUUAGUGUCGCACAUAUUUUUUGAAUAAAGAAUCAUUUUUUGUUUUAAUCAAACAUAAAAUUAACACUACCGGUUCUUUACUGUGUAUGGUAAAAUUUAACAAACGCUGAUGACAGCCCACGGCGGCGAUCAAAACGCUCGUGAAAUUCACGUGACACUAGACUAGAACGUGUUUAGUUUUGUAAACAUUUGUUGAUUGUUAACUAUAGAAUCAUGUUACAAUACACUAUAUUUAUCGAACGAAUAUCGAAAAAAAAUAUGCAUGUUUUUUUUUUUGGAAAAUUUAUUUUAUAUUAACCUCAUGUUUACCCUAUUCCUAUAUAAUUAUUAUUCCGAGUGGACACUUUUUGAUAAUGGCCUAAUUUUUGCAGAUUUUAAUGGCAAAAAAUUUAAAAAUAACAAUAUUUUUUUUUUACAACAGCCUAACGUUAUAGUUCCUUACGUAAUUUUUAUACCAUGGUGUGUGUUAUACCGACUGGAAUUUUCUUAUACCGGCCUAAUUUUAGCUGAUUUUAAUAGCUAAAAAAAUUCACAACCAUUUUUUUACAUUUUACAACAGCCUAAUGUUCCAUUCCCUCUUUCAUCGUGUGUUCCUGGUUAUAUUCGGAGCUGUGACGCCUCAAGGCGAAGGGUUAGGUUUUAGAUUUUUUUUAAUUGCCAUUACAUUUGGAAUAUUGUUUAAUUUUGCAACCGGCCGCCCGCCUGACCCUGACAUUUAAGAAUGUUAUUGUUACCUAUCAGCUGUUAAGGCUUUGUGUCCCUUAGUCGCCUCGUACGACAUCCAUUGGAAAAUACGAAGUGGUUUUAUACUAAGGCGGAACCACACGCCACAAUCCCAAUUUUAUGAUAAACCGAGUGUUUAUUUUUUUAAUAUCAGCCUAAUUUUAGCAGAUUUUAAUGGCAAACGACUGAGUUUAUUAUUAAUUCUAUAAAGUCUCGGGUAUUUUUUUUCUGUGGCGUCAUUAAUUUAUUAAUUAUAUGUCUAUUACGUAGCAUCCAAACAAAAAAAAAGCUAUCCUAAGUAAUAUAAUCGCAAUUU